AUGUACGACAACGGCAGCAUAAAGCUAACAGAAAGUGAAAAACACAGGGCCCAGCUCGGGCAAUUCCCGUGGAUGGUUAGACUUGGCGCGAUGGAUAUGGAUGCGGGAAAACUAGUUUUCUACUGCGGGGGGUCUCUGGUUAGCAGACAAAUUGUCGUAUCGGCAGCUCACUGCGGGAAACUCAGUGAAGUGGCGAGGAUAGGAGAGAACAAUAUUGAUGAAAACGUUGAUUGCGAAGAAUGCAUAUGCGCUCCACCUCCUCAGGACAUCGAGAUAAAGAAACACAUACACGCAGACCACUGUCGCUUGUCCAAUAAGAACGACAUCAUAGUGUUGGGCCUAGCUAAACCAGCGACAUUCAAUGAUUUUGUUCGACCCAUUUGCCUUCCUGAAAAGCUACUGACACCAGGAGAAGCCAAGAAACAGCCUAUGAUUAUGUCAGGAUGGGGUGUGGUAUAUUCAGGAUUUGGAAACGUAUACGUUAACGACUUUGCAUCCGACAAAAACCUGAGGUACGUCAAGUCUCCUAUUUUGGACGAAAAGCACUGCAAUAAAGUGUAUGACAAAAAAUUGGAAGAAAACCAAUAUUGCGUGGGAUAUCCAGAAGGAGUUGACAAGCCUUGUGCUGGGGAUUCCGGUGGACCUUUGAUCUUGCACCGAAACGUGAAGGGGGUGAAUCGAGCGUUCCUAAUGGGCGUCGCUUCUCACGACCUACUGAUGUGCGAACUGGGCGAAAUGAGUCCCGUUGUUUACACGAAUGUCGGCAGUUUUACUAAGUGGAUGAAGAAAGUAAUCAUUGAUUGGAUGAAUGAAAUAAAAACAAAGGGAAGAUAA